CGUGUAAUGUUUAUGAUUCAUUCAAUGAUGUAACACUGCUGCCCUCUAGUAGACGAUACAAAAGUGAGCUGCCCUGUCUGUCCUGUAGUGUACUGUCUCUAGUCUCUAACUCUAUAACUUAGGAAGAUGUCGGUGGUCGGUGGCGCCUUGUGUCGAAAUGUUUUGGCUGUGAGGAAUUCUAGCAUGAUGGUGAUGGUACGGCAUGCUCAGACGGCCGCUGCCCCGGCUCCUGAACCCAGGAUCAAGAAGUUCCAGAUUUACCGCUGGGACCCAGACACCGCUGGAGACAAACCGCGAAUGCAGACCUAUGAAAUUGAUCUCAACACUUGUGGUCCAAUGACUCUGGAUGCCCUCAUUAAGAUCAAGAAUGAGAUUGACCCCACACUCACAUUCAGACGCUCCUGCCGUGAAGGUAUCUGCGGCUCAUGUGCCAUGAACAUAAAUGGAGGCAACACACUGGCAUGCCUUAACAAAAUUGACACCAACACAAGCAAACCAACGAAAAUCUACCCGCUCCCACACAUGUAUGUGGUCAAAGAUCUGGUGCCUGAUAUGAGCAACUUCUAUGCGCAGUACAAAUCCAUCGAGCCCUACCUGAAAAAGAAGGAUGACACUCAAGAAGGGAAAGAGCAGUAUUUCCAGUCGGUGGAAGACAGGCAGAAACUGGAUGGCCUGUAUGAGUGCAUCCUGUGUGCUUGCUGCAGCACCAGCUGUCCCAGCUACUGGUGGAACGGAGACAAAUACUUGGGACCUGCUGUCCUCAUGCAGGCCUACCGGUGGAUGAUUGACUCCCGUGAUGAGUUCACAGAGGAACGUCUGUCUAAACUUCAGGACCCCUUCUCUCUCUACCGCUGCCACACUAUCAUGAACUGCACCAAGACGUGUCCCAAGGGACUCAACCCGGGAAAAGCCAUCGCAGAGAUCAAGAAAAUGAUGGCGACUUACAAAGAGAAGAAAGCAGCAGCUAUAUGAACGUGUGAAAAUCCAGCUGGCUCAAGAGAUCCACUGACCUUGAACAAAGUGAAGAGGAAGAGAAGAGCAAACCAAGAAACUAUUGCCUACAUCAGCACCUUUUCAUCAUUUUUAUUAAGUUUGGGGGAUGCGAGUGUGUUGGCGUGCGCCGAGCGGGAUUUGAUGAGGUUGAGGAAUACAGAACAUUGUGAGAAAAGGCUGCUCAAAAAAACUGUAAAAGAAAAAUAUUUUGAGUGAUGCAACAGGUUGGACCACAUUUCUGCUAUUUGUUUGAAAAAUUUAAAUACUUGGCUCUGUUGUAUUUACUCUUUAGGAAAAGCUCAUGGAGCUUGUGGACUGUAAAUAUUUAGAUAUGUGUUAAUUAAAGAUGUGCUGGGCUCAUGAUGGAAAGUGAAUGUUUUUGGUUCAGAAAAGAAGAAAUUACUCUUUUGUUGAUUGCCUUUGCGACUUACAUUGCAAUAAACAAUA